AUGAGUGGCGCGCUUAUCCUCGCGGCGGCUGCAGGAGCCCUGGCCUUGCUGCUGCUGGCAGUGCGGCUGUGGGUAGUCCUGAGUCCUCGCGCUCCUGUGCCUCGGCGGUCUCUCAGCCUCUUGGUAGUGGCUGGAUCUGGUGGACAUACCACUGAGAUCCUAAGGCUGCUGGAGAACUUGUCCGAUGCUUAUUCUCCUAGACAUUAUAUCGUUGCUGACACUGAUGAAAUGAGUACCCAUAAAAUAAAUUCUUUUGAACAAAAUCGAGCUGAUAGGAACCCCAGUGCUACGUUUCCUGAAUACUAUGUUCACCGCAUUCCCAGAAGCCGGGAGGUCCAGCAAUCCUGGCUAUCCUCAGUGCUCACCACCUUGUACUCCAUGUGGCUCUCCUUCCCCCUGACUUACCGAGUGAAGCCAGAUCUGGUGUUGUGUAACGGACCAGGAACAUGUGUUCCUAUCUGUAUAUCUGCCCUUCUCCUUGGGAUACUGGGAAUAAAGAAAGUGAUCAUUGUCUACGUUGAGAGCAUCUGCCGAGUGGAACAUUUAUCCCUGUCCGGAAAGAUUCUGUUUCACCUCUCAGAUUACUUCAUUGUUCAGUGGCCGACUCUUAAGGAGAAGUAUCCCAAAUCUGUGUACCUCGGGCGAAUUGUUUGA